AUGGCAAAAUUCUUCGCAUAUCAAAACACCUACUAACACAAUAACGAUAAUAAGAAGCUGAAAUUAAAACUUUAUAGCACUGAUUAUUGCCAAAAAAGAUGGAGUAUCCAAGAUGAAAAUUUUCCAUGUGUGACCUUAACAUAUAUUGAUUUAUAUGAACAAGUAGCAAUAUAUCAGCUGCAACUCUUAUAGCUCAUGAGAAAUGAAACUUACAAUAGUUUUUAUAAGCGAUAGAUUCUUGUAUGGGAUUUGAAGCUUUAAUUAAUCCUUUGUAAUUCAAUCAACACAAUCAGCAAAGGAUAGUUAGAUGGAAUGUAACUGUUUAAAUUUUAAAAAGUAGCUAUAGAACACAUGCACCAGAAAGGAAAUUUUAAUCAAUAACACAACAGCAUUUUUUUUCGUUUGUCAAUCACGCUAUAAGAAGAAGUGUUGAGGAAAAAUGGCAGGAACUAUCACUAUAUAAUCUUCAGAAGUAUUUAAAGAGAUAAAGAAAAUCAAUCUAAGAUUUUUUGGAUUGUGAAACAAUAUCUAAAAGAGAGUUUUUUUUUAAACAGUAGUAGAUUCAACUGCCUUAUAUUCAGAGGUUAGAAGAAGAGUUAUGCAUUGCAGGUUUUUGCGUUAUUCUAUACGUAAUAUGUAGGAGUUCAAUUCACAUAUAUCUGCAUCAGUAUUGAAUCUAGCGGAAGAUGAAUUACAACUCAAGGCAUUUAGGAUAAUUGGAAUCCCUGUAAACAAAUUUAACAUCAGCAUUCUGCAUUUCAGGAUGUUUUGCAUGGAUAUUUACACUGUCACCAACAUUAUUAUUAAGCAUUAUGACUUAAUUGCCAAAGACCAUGAUUAGUGUCUGUAAACUUUGAAAACGGUUCAAGAUUAUAAGAUAUACUAUUACUUUCUUAUAUAGAACAAUGUUUAACAAAUGAAACUCAUAUUAUAUUGA